ACAGGAACCAAAGUUUGGCUAGUAGCGGUAGCCGUAGCUGUAGCACAACAUCUCUGCUGCUUUUCCUAUCCUAAAUAAGAAGCUUCAGGAGGCACUUUAUCCUGUGUUUCAAUAAUUUUGGCGUUGGUAUGGAGUUGUAGGCUGAAUUUAUAAACGGAGUAUUGAGGAAUGGUCUGACUGCAGCAGCAAAUAUGCUUAGCCGUCUGCAGGAGUUAAAGAAGGAAGAGGAGACUCUUCUAAAAAUCAAAGUCAUGCUACAGGACCAACUGAACAGGUUAAAGUUUGAAGAGGGGGCCCUGAAGUCUAUUAUUAAUGCUCAAACAGAAGAAGGAACCUCUCAACGCUUAUCGCCCGAACCUGAGGUUGAGGUUAAUCUGGAUGAUGAAAGUGAGAUUAAUCGAACCAAACUCCUCUUGAAUGCUGCGGCAGAUUAUGAUAUGGAAGAAGAAGAAGAGGAGGAGGAUGAGGAGGAGGAGGAGGAGGAAGAUGAGGAGGGGGAUGAGGAUGACAACGAACUCGGAUUUUUGCCUGAGGAGGAUGAGGAGGAAGAAGAUUACUGAGAUCCAUCAGUGUUAGUAUUUACACCACUGAAGAAGAACAUGAACAGAUGCCUGUUAUUUGUUCACCUGUUUUGUAUUAUCACUGAAGACGUUUUAUUUAUUUGGGUGGAGUAAGUAGCAGUGUCACAAUGUCCGGUGCUAGCAAUAUCUCCUCUUUUGCUGGAUUUAAGGCACGUCACCAGGAUUUCACACCAUGUUAGUCAUAUGUCAAACUUUGUGGGAAAUCUGCUGCUGAAAUGCUUUGAGGCAGUGUUAUGAGAAACUCAUAGCUUUCUAAACAUAUUGUGUAUUUUCGGAGAAUGAAAGCAUCAACCCACUUUGAGAAUUAGAAGGUCUGAUGUUGAGAUGUGUCUGUUGAUGAAAAUGUAUGGCUGGGCCAUAUAAGGAGAUAGUAUGUCUGUAUUAUGUAAGCACAAAAUAAAUGUUUUGCAUACAUUUUCACCAGCCUGUUUUUUUUACAGUGUACACUUCAAGAUAACAUCUGUGUUCACUUCGUGUCCUAACCUGACCCGGGCAAAUGGGUAGUGCAGUGCAAACACUUUCCACGAGAAAACCAUUCAGCAUUUUCUAAACAGUUAAAACAAUACAGCGAGCCUCACAAUAAGGCCAGCUUUCAUCCUGACAGCAGGGACAGCUCUGGAGAAGGGUGGUGCUACAACAGGGAAUGUAUAAUAGAGAUUGCACAAAUAACAGCUGUCCACAGGGUCUGCUAGUCCAGGAGAGAGCUGCCAUUCACCCCAAAGUCACUGCGCAGACCUGCAAAUGCCUUGUUCGUAAGGUUAACAGGUGGUAGUGAGCGACUGAAGCAGAGUGAGACACGAACUGUGCUGCAGGCUCAAAAGUACCAUGCUGCCCCGCUGUGCAGUCGGUGUGUGCCAUGUGCUUAUGUUGGUGCUGUGUGUGUCUGCGGCUGAGGACUUCGACUGGACAAAGAACCACCACGGCUCCUUCUAUUAUGGCACUUUUCCAGCUGGAUUUUCGUGGGGUGCCGGAGGUUCAGCCUAUCAAACAGAAGGAGCCUGGGACAAAGAUGGAAAAGGACUGAGCAUCUGGGACGUGUUCAGUCAUAAGAAAGGCAAGAUCCAACGAAAUGACACUGGGGAUUUCUCCUGUGAGGGCUACUACAAAGUCAAGGAUGAUAUUUCUCUGAUGAAGGAGCUGAGGCUUAACCACUAUCGUUUCUCUAUCUCAUGGCCUCGACUCCUUCCCACUGGCAUAAAAUCUGACCAUGUAAAUGAAAAGGGAAUACAGUACUACGAUCACCUGAUCAACCACCUACUGGAGAACAAAAUCACUCCGAUUGUUACUUUGUAUCACUGGGAUCUUCCACAGGUCUUGCAAGAGAAAUAUGGUGGAUGGCAAAAUAUAAGCAUGGUCAAUUAUUUCAAUGAAUUUGCUAACCUGUGCUUUGAGAGAUUUGGCGACCGAGUCAAGUACUGGAUCACUUUCAACAAUCCAUGGUCUGUAGCUGUUGAAGGUUAUGAGACGGGGGAACACGCUCCUGGACUGAGGCUGAGGGGAACGGGAGCAUACAGAGCUGCACAUCAUAUCAUUAAGGCACAUGCUAAAGUUUGGCACACGUAUGACUCACAGUGGAGGGGGAAGCAAAAAGGUCUGGUUGGCAUCUCUCUGUCGGGGGAAUGGGGAGAACCGGUGGAUAUCAGCAACCAGAAAGACAUUGAAGCAGCUGAGAGAUAUGUCCAGUUCCACCUGGGAUGGUUUGCCACACCGAUCUUUCAUGGCGACUACCCUCAAGUGAUGAAAGACUUCAUAGGGAGAAAGAGUGUCCAGCAGGGCCUCGGGACGUCUCGACUGCCCACAUUUUCCCCUCAAGAGAAGAGCUACAUAAAGGGGACCUGUGACUUCCUUGGCAUUGGUCAUUUCACCACCCGCUACAUCACCCAAAAAAACAACCCAUCGGGCCGUAGCAGCAGCAACUACUUUAGUGACCGUGACCUGGCUGAGCUAGUUGACCCAAGAUGGCCUGACCCUGGAUCAGAGUGGCUCUAUGCCGUGCCCUGGGGUUUUAGACGUCUGCUCAAUUUUGUCAAGACUCAGUAUGGGAACCCAAUGAUUUAUGUGACUGCAAAUGGAGUCUCUGAGAAGAUGUUAUGCACAGAGCUUUGUGAUGAAUGGAGGAUAGUGUACUACAAAGACUACAUCAAUGAGAUGCUUAAAGCUAUCAAAGACGGAGUCAAUGUGAAGGGCUACACUGCAUGGUCGCUGCUGGACAAAUUUGAGUGGGAUGAAGGUUUCUCUGAGAGAUUUGGCUUGUACUAUGUGGACUUCAGGAACAAAAACAAGCCUCGCUAUCCCAAAGCUUCUGUUCAGUUUUACAAACGCAUUAUCAGCUACAAUGGAUUUCCCAAUCAAAGAGAGGUUGAAAACUGGAGGCGAAAGGCAGUUGAGACGUGCUCUUCCAGCAAUCAGCUUCUAGCUGCAGCUAGAAGAAAAUCCCAGGAACAUGCAGAAAUGCCAAAGGUUUGGCCUGUGCAUGAUGAAGUUUAGAACUUGAGGACCCUUUGACCAGCCACAUGGAGAUGGUGACUGAGAUCGUUGUUCCCACUGUGUGCACACUCUCCAUUUUGCUCAGUGCCAUCUUCCUCAUGUUCCUGCUGCGGAGGCGUAACUAGGAAGGCUUUCGUGUUUAUACAUCACAAGCAUCGGCACACACACAUAUGCACACAUUUAAAAUGUAAGUGCAUCACUUCUUUAUUGGAUAACGUGUGAAUAUAAAUACAUCAUUUGAGCUGAACUGAAAGAACUGGUGAUUUUUAUCGAUUUGAUGUGUGUAAAGCGUUUUGCUCUAAAAUGACUGGUUUUGCGUAGAAGGAAAAAGGAGUCAGAGUUUCUAAUUAAACUGCUGCUAUAGGAUACUGGUAUUGCAAAGACGCCAGGUGAUCUACUGAUCUACUUUCAUUUGGAUACAGCUAAGUUGUUUGGCAGAAUAUUUCCUGUCUUUCCUUGAGCAGCAAAAUGUGAAAAUAAAGAUGUGACUGGAAAAAACAUAUACACACAAAAAACAUAUACACACACACACACAAACGACUGAAAUUUGCUGUUGAGGCGUUAGUAGCAUGUUUUAUAAAUUCAUGCAAAGUUGACAAGGCUGCAGUACGCCAUAGUGGAGAAGAAAGCAGGAUCCUCACUGUCCCCAUUCACGGUUUCAUUUGGAUAGUCUAAAAACAAAAGAAUAGUUAAAGAAGAAUAUUGUUAUCGAUACUUUACUGGGCUAGUCACUUAUAUAUUCAGUAAAUAAAAAUCACCUGUUUCAAAGAUGACAUGAUCAACCAGUGGUCUGUCACUAAGAUGUAAGGAGGUCCUGACCUCACGAGGACCAUGACCACUGGACACCUCAACCCCCCACAGUAUUGGGUGCUCCCUGUAGAGCACAAAGAUGAACACAGAAAAACUCAAUUCUGUGUAAAAAAAAGAAGAAAGAAAAAAAGCCUAACAUCUACCAAUAUAUCCUUUGACUUUCAAUAAAUGUUUUAUGUGGUUUCUCGCAA